AGAAUAGACAAGUCCAAAAGUAAAGUGAAAAUAGAAUGGCUGACAAUUUUUCUAACCCAAAGAGAUUAGCUCACCAAGCUGGAAGUUAUGAUUCUGAGUUUGAGUUUGACAGUGAAUCUGAAAGAAAAAGAAGGAAAUAUGAAGACCUUGCAAAAAAGGAAAAGAAGAAAAGCUCAAAGAAAGGUCACAAGCGAGAACUCGAAGAUGAAUACAACAAAGAAGAGGGACGUAUAAUGAGUCACAGGAUAGUCAGUAUGGAUGCUUUCGACCGUCAUAAGUUACUGAUAAACAACUAUUUAACAUAUUACUGUGGCCAGAAAACAGAUUUCCAGCGUGAUAGAUCAAAAGAUAAAACAGACAUGGAUGUGAUAAGGGAGAAUCAUAGAUUCUUGUGGACUGAAGAAGAUGAUCCAGAUGAAAAUUGGUCAAAAAGACUGGCAAAGAAGUAUUAUGAUAAGCUAUUUAAAGAGUACUGUAUAGCAGAUUUAAGCAGAUACAAAGAGAAUAAAGUUGCUAUGAGAUGGAGAAUAGAAAAGGAGGUGCAGAUGGGCAAAGGUCAAUUUAUUUGUGGUAACAAGAAAUGCAGUGAAUGUGAAGGAUUAAGAAGCUGGGAGGUGAACUUUGCUUACAUUGAGGAUGGACAGAAGAAAAAUGCCCUUAUUAAACUCAGUAUGAAAAAGGAAAUUAAGCCAUCAAAACGUAAAGACAAGGGAUCUUCUAAAAAAGAGAAACAAAGUAAAGAAGAUAUACAAAACUCAGGUGAAACUCACAGUAAAGUAAAUGAAGAUGAAGCAAAAACAACAGAAGAAAGAGAAACUAAUGAAGAACCAUCAGGAUCUACAAGUUCUGAAAAUAUAUGGAGUGGACCAGCUAAAGUUAUAGACGAAAAAUCCAGGGAAGAGGAAUUCGACGAAUAUUUUGCUGAUAUGUUUCUGUGAUGAAAUGACGGUUGAGACAGUAAGACUUGUUUAGCAUAAUAACACAUGUACAGGGAAGUGGUUUAGAACUGACGUAGGAAGGCUGCUGUAUAGAAGGAUCUGUCGAUUAAAGUUUCAACAGGAUUGAAUCGUUUCUGGCAAUUGCGAUAAAGAUUGUAAUAUUAAAGGAAAAAAAGAUACAUUUGUUGUUUAAUCAUUUGUCAACUUUGACGUUUCCGGAAUAUAUAAUUUGAUACAAUAGAGAUAAUUCCAUUGUCAAUUAGAACAGAUAAUGAAAAUACCUAAUUAAAUUGACAGACUUGAUCAUUGGAUAACACUAUUGUGCGACAACAUUUGUGCUGAUUUUGGAUAGCCUAUGAAUAUUUUCUUGUUACUUGUAGUUUUUAUUUUAUGAGUUUUGAACAUGAAGUUCUAUAUUAGUGAAAGCUUUUACCUUUAUACCAUAUGUAAAUUAUGAGGAGAUAAGAUAUAGCCUUGUGAACCAAACAGUUAGCUGUGUUGGCAUGUUCUUUUUUAGUAAAAUUCAAAUCACACGGACACACUGUCAAAAACAAAAUGAAUAAUAUACUGUAUUGAUUUAAAAGAUGAUUGAAACGUUUGUUAACAUAUUCAAUAAAAGUUAUUGAUA